AUGGAGCGGCGGGAGCCCCGGGCCAGCGACGCGGCGGUGGCCCCGGGUCAGAGGCGGGCGGACUACAGCCCGGGCGGCGCGGGCGAGGGGGACCCGGGCGGGGGGCGGCCCCCGAGGCGGCCCGCGGCUCCCCCGCACCCGCACCCGCACCGCGUCACCAACUUCUUCAUCGACAACAUCCUGCGGCCCGAGUUCGGGCGGAGGAAGGACGCGGGGGGCGCGGGGCCUCCCCCGGACAGCGGCCCCGAGUCCCGCCCCAGCGCGCCCGGAGCCGGAGCCGGAGCCGGAGCCGGAGCGGGACUCGGACUCGGACCCGGACCCGGAGCCGGAGCCGGAGCCGGAGCGGGACUCGGACUCGGUCUCGGAGCCGGAGCGGGGCCGGGCGGCCACCCCGAGGGCCCCGGAGACCCCGGCCAGCCCGGCGCCCUGGACGCGGCGCUCUCGGCCCGCGGCCCCGGCGACCUGUCGCUCAGCUCCGACUCGGACAGCUCGCAGGCGGGGGCCCCGGGCGCGCAGCGCAUGCUCUGGCCGGCCUGGGUCUACUGCACGCGCUACUCAGACCGGCCGUCGUCAGGUCCCCGGUCCCGCAAACCAAAGAAGAAGAACCCCAACAAAGAGGACAAGCGUCCGCGGACGGCCUUCACCACGGAGCAGCUGCAGCGGCUCAAGGCCGAGUUCCAGACCAACAGGUACCUGACGGAACAGCGGCGGCAGGGCCUGGCCCGGGAGCUGGGCCUCAAUGAGUCGCAGAUCAAGAUCUGGUUUCAGAACAAGCGAGCCAAGAUCAAGAAGGCCGCUGGCAGCAAGAACUCCCUGGCCGUGCACCUCAUGGCGCAGGGGUUGUACAACCACUCCACCACGCCCAAGGACGGCAAGUCGGACAGCGAGUAGGGGCCUGAGGCCGCCGCAGGGCCGGCACCGCGUCGGGUGGGGGCCAGGGUCUCCUCCCCUUCCUCCUCUCCCUCCUCCUCCUUCUUGGUGCGAAGAGGGUUUGCUCUCCUUCUCUCUCUCUUCCACCCUGCAGUCUUGACUGUGGGACAUUGGACACUUUCUGUUUUGUUCUGUUGGUUUCGUUUUUUUUUUUUUCUACUUUUUUCUUUUUACGCAAAAGAAAAAAAAAGAUUAAAACAACUUGCUGACGUCCAAAGAUUUUUGUCUUGCUGCAUUCUCACAGAACUGUGAGCCCGGAUCCACAGCUCCUACUUGGUCAGAGACAACUUCCCGAAGUGGCCCCUGCGGCA